AUGGAAGAUCAAGAACCACAAAUUAGCACAAUAAAGCCAGCAAAUAUGGAUUUAGCAUCGUUAAAGGUACAACGAAGUACAAUGAAACGGAGUAUUACCAAAUUGAAGUUAAAGGUAGAAAAAGAAGGGACAUCAUCUGAUUACACAAUUAUAAAAUGUCGACUUCAAAUGCUUGAAUCGUAUUUUACUCAAUUAAGUCAUAUCCAAACGCAAAUUGAGCGCCUUGAUACAGCAGACGAAUCACGCUCUGAAUUGGAAGAACUCUUCGUACAGGCCAAAGCUUAUAUGAUUGAUUUAUUAUCUAAAAAACGCCGAUCUAGCGAUAUGGAUUUAAGUCUUUUAAAUACGACAAGCACAUCGUUUUCACACCAAAGUCGAUUACCUCAGCUCAAACUUCCGAAUUUCAAUGGCAAAUAUUCAGAGUAUUCUCGUUUUAUAAGUACAUUUAAUACUUUGGUUCAUGAAGAGCCAUGCAUACCAACCAUAGAUAAAUUUAAUUAUCUUUUAAAUUGCCUUAGUGGCCCAGCACUUUCUGUUGUAGAAGCCUUUCAAAUCGUCGAAGAAAAUUAUCAAAAGGCUUUGGAUAGAUUGAAAGAAAGAUAUGACAACAAAACUUUAAUAUUUGUCGACAAUAUAAACUCGUUGUUUUCAAUUUCACCAAUCAACAAACCAAUUGCUACAGCUUUACGAUCAAUUUUAGAUAAUGUUGCUGCUCUGAGAAGUUCCUUGCUAUCUUUAGGUUCCGAAUUGGACGUGAUGAAUGCUAUACUUAUACAUAUCGUCUUAUCAAAGGUAGAUUCAGCAUCAAAGUCAGUAUAUGAUGAAAAACAAAAUUUGAAUCAAUUGCCGUCAUGGGAUGAAUUUUAUUCUAUUAUGAGCCGUAGAUGCCAAUUUCUCGAAAGUCGCACAACAGAAGUCGAAUCAUUUCAUAGUUACGAUCAAAAAUCUAUACACAAAUUUAAACGACCUGGUUCUUCUUUUAUAACAUCGAGCAUCUCAUGCGAAUAUUGCCAAAACAAAGAUCAUUUUAUCAGCAGUUGCACUUCAUAUUUAUCGCUACCUAUUUCUCGUCGAUUUGAUUUUGUAAAAUCUUCAAAACUAUGCAUAAACUGUCUUCGAAAAGGACAUAUCGUAGCAAAUUGUGAAUCAAAAUCAUGUUGUCGCACCUGUCGUAUUUCGCAUCAUACAUCUCUACAUAAUCCAAGUUCCCAAUCAUCAAAUGAACCUCAUCAUUCUUCGAAUUCAUCCUAUCAAAAUCGUUCGUCAUUGCAUUCAUCGUCUUUUCAACCUUCUUCGUCUUCGUUUUUACAUCAAGGCAACCAGAAUCAUAAGCCAUCGACAUCGCAACAUUCAUCAUUUUCGAAUCAACCCAAAACAAAUGAUAAUUCUUCGUCACUACAAACUUCUUCGUCGUCAUUCUCUCAUCAAAGAAAUCCAUCAUCGUCAAAUCCAACAAAUAAUUCAUCUGUUUUACAUUUAACACUUCAGUCUUCGUUUCUCACUAGAAAUUAUCGUCGAACUCUGCUCCCAACAGCCAUUGUAUACAUCAAAGAUAGUUUUGGCACCCUACAACCGAUUAGAGCUCUUUUGGAUUCUUGCUCAGAGGUAAAUUUAAUUACUCAAGAGACUGUUAGUCGCCUUCGAUUACAACAAGCUAAAUCCAAUCAAGAAAUAGCAGGAGUUUCAGAAAUUCGAACUCAACUAAAAUAUAAGGUAACAGCUACUAUUAGAUCUCGACUAUCAAGCUUCGAAUUUACAUCAAUAUUUGCUGUAACUAAAACGAUUUCGUCACUUCAACCUGCAGAACAUUUUGACACAAGUAAUUGGAACAUUCCUGAUGGAAUAGAUCUCGCAGAUCCACAGUUUUAUUUACCUAAACAUAUUGAUAUAUUACUUAGUGCCGAAAUAUUCUUUGAUCUAUUACUAGACGGCAAGAUUUCACUUGGCGAAGGACUUCCAUGUUUAAUAAAUACAACAUUUGGUUGGAUAGUUGGUAGAAAAGUCGAAUCUCUACAACAUAAUCGAGUAUUGUCGUGUAACGUUCUUACAAAUUAUGAAGAAUUGGAUUCGUUGCUGAAAGCCUUUUGGGAGAUCGAAGAAAUUUCACGAAAGGAAACCCUGACUGAAGAAGAAAACCAGUGUGAAAUGCAUUUUCUUGAAAAUACAGUGUUUGAUGAAAAUGGAAGAGUAAAAGUACGUUUACCAUUCAAGUCUUCAGUAAACAAACUUGGAAAUUCGUUUGAAGUAGCUCGUCGCCGCUUUCUAUACCUAGAAAAGCGUCUUUUAAAAGAUGAGUCUUUGCGUAAAAUGUACAUAGACUUAAUGAAUGAAUAUAUAAAUCUCGGACAUAUGUCAAUUGUGAAUUAUGAUGUUUUAAAUCAACCCCAUUACAUUAUACCACACCAUUCAGUUUUACGACCACAAAGUUCUUCAACAAAACUACGAGUUGUCUUCGAUGCGUCAUCACCUACCUCAACUAAUGUUUCAUUAAACGAUAUUUUAAUGGUUGGUCCAACAAUACAAGAAGACCUCAUAAUAACUAUUCUUGCUUUUCGUCUUAAUAAAUUUGCAUUGUCUGCAGAUGUUUGCAAAAUGUACAGGCAGUUUCUCGUUGAUGAAAAUGAUAGAAAUUUUCAACUUGUUUUGUGGAGAGAUAAUACAAAUGAUCCCAUUAACAUUUAUCGACUUAAUACGGUGACUUAUGGCACAUCCGCUGCACCUUUUCUUGCAAUAAGAAGUUUAUUUUUCAUCGCUGAUGCUUAUAAUCACAAAUUUCCGAUUGGUUCUAAAGUUUUAAAGCAAGAUCUGUACGUAGAUGAUCUGCUUACGGGGGCAGCAAAUAUUUUCGAACUUUCAGCGAAAAUGGCUGAAAUCAUCCAAAUCUUAGAAAAGUCUGGUCUACAAUUAACGAAAUGGAGUUCUAAUGUGCCACAAUUAGCUCAAUGUACAGAAGAAAUGAAUUUAAAAACUAACAAUGAAAACAUAACUAGAACUCUAGGAAUGUCUUGGAAACCUAAUGAGGAUAUAUUUUGCUUUCGAUUUAAUCUACCGACUAUUGAAGUUCCUACUAAACGGUCAGUAUUAUCUGUAAUAGCCAGAAUAUUUGAUAUUUUGGGACUUUUAAGCCCUAUUGUGAUUUCAUGUAAAAUCUUAAUUCAAGAAUUAUGGAAACAACAAAUUGAUUGGGAUUCACCUCUAAAUGAACGUUUAAAAGGUCGUUGGAUUCAAAUCGAGAAGAGCUUACCUUACAUAAAUCAAAUUGAAUUGCCUAGAUUUGUACAAACAAAUCCAGAUGUUAAAUUCGAUAUACAUGGUUUCGCUGAUGCCUCUCAAUUAGCAUACGGAUGUUGUAUAUAUAUUCGAGCGGCUGAUCCUGAUUGUUUUCAUUCAAAUCUUCUAAUUGCCAAAUCAAAAUUAGCACCUGUAGUACAACAAUCGUUACCCAGGUUAGAAUUGUGCGCUGCCCUGUUAUUGUGUCGAACGUGGGAUAAAAUAAAACACUAA